AUGGAGGGUCUGGGCCGCUCGUGCCUGUGGCUGCGCCGGGAGCUGUCGCCCCCGCGGCCGCGGCUGCUGCUUCUGGACUGCCGCAGCCGCGAGCUGUACGAGUCGGCGCGCAUCGGCGGGGCGCUGAGCGUGGCCCUGCCCGCGCUGCUGCUGCGCCGCCUGCGGCGGGGGAGCCUGUCGGUGCGCGCGCUCCUGCCUGGGCCGCCGCUGCAGCCGCCCCCGCCCGCCCCGGUGCUCCUGUACGACCAGGGCGGGGGCCGGCACCGGCGCGGGGAGGCCGAGGCCGAGGCCGAGGAGUGGGAGGCCGAGUCGGUGCUGGGCACCCUGCUCCAGAAGCUGCGGGAGGAAGGCUACCUGGCCUACUACCUACAGGGUGGCUUCAGCAGAUUCCAGGCCGAGUGCCCUCACCUGUGUGAGACCAGCCUUGACAGCCGUGGGGGCCCAAGCACAGCCCCGGUGCCCAGCCCAGUGGUGGGGCUGGGCGGCCUGUGCCUGGGCUCCGACUGCUCCGACGCGGAAUCCGAGCCCGACCGAGACUCCAUGAGCUGUGGCCUGGAUUCGGAGGGCGCCACGCCCCCCCCAGCGGGGCCGCCGCCGUCCUUCCCCGUCCAGAUCCUGCCCAACCUCUACCUGGGCAGUGCCCGGGAUUCGGCCAACGUGGAGAGCUUGGCCAAGCUGGGCAUCCGCUACAUCCUCAACGUCACCCCAAACCUGCCUAACCUCUUCGAGAAGAACGGCGACUUUCACUACAAGCAGAUCCCCAUCUCGGACCACUGGAGCCAGAACUUGUCCCAGUUCUUUCCGGAGGCCAUCGCGUUCAUUGAUGAGGCCUUGUCCCAGAACUGCGGGGUGCUCGUUCACUGCCUGGCGGGCGUCAGCCGCUCCGUCACCGUCACCGUGGCCUACCUCAUGCAGAAGCUGCACCUCUCGCUCAACGACGCCUACGACCUGGUCAAGCGGAAGAAGUCCAACAUCUCGCCCAAUUUCAACUUCAUGGGGCAGCUGCUGGACUUCGAGCGCAGCCUGCGGCUGGAGGAGCGGCGCGCCCGGGACGGGGGCAGCGGGGGCCGGGAGUCGGCCGCGUCCGACCCGCCCUCCUUCUUCACCACGCCGACCAGCGACGGCGUCUUCGAGCUGGACGCCACAUAGGGCCCCGGGCGCCCGCAGCGGGGGCGCCAGCCCAGCCGCCCGCGUGCUGGGGGAGCGGCCAGGGGCUCGGCCUGGGGCGGGGGGGCGCGACCCCUCGUGCGGAGCCGCGGGACGGGGCAGGAGCCGGGGCCCUCCAGGGUGGCGGUGGGGACAGACCUGUCCUACCUACCCGCUUGCCACACCCCCGGGGAUCCCAUUAAACGUGCCUACGGGCGGGCCUGGGGCCGCCGGCCUGGCCCGCGCUGCCUGUGGGCGGAGCCCCGCUCCAGAACCUGCC